AUGUCGAAACGAUCUGAAGAGAAUAAUAAUGAAGGACGUAUAACAGAUAUGAAAGAAAAUACAGCAAAAAUAGAUAUAAAUGCUUGGCGAAAACAUCCUGCAUUUACCAAUGUUGAUAAUUCUUUAAUACUUCAAAAAGGAUCUGAUCAGUCAUGCCGAGAUCGACUUGUUCGAACACCAACUAUUAUUGCAAUGGCUGGAUUACCAGCCCGAGGCAAAACAUAUAUUUCACGUAAAUUGGCUCGUUACUUACAUUGGAUUGGAAUUAAAACAAAAGGUAUGCUUAUAACAUAA